AUGGCGCAGAAAGGAGUUAGUCUGGACAGGGAAACUAUUUCUUGUUCCAUCUGUCUGGAUUUACUGAAGGAUCCCGUGACUACUUCCUGUGGACACAGCUACUGCAUGGACUGUAUUCAACGCCACUGGAAUGAAGAGUAUGAGAAGAAAAUCUACAGCUGUCCUCAGUGUAGAGAGACUUUCACACCGAGGCCUGUCCUGCUGAAAAACACCAUGUUAUCAGAUUUAGUGGAGGAGCUGAAGAAGACUGGACUCCAAGCUGCUCCUGCUGAUCACUGCUAUGCUGGAGCUGAAGAUGUGGCCUGUGAUGUCUGCACUGGGAGAAAACUGAAAGCCCUCAAGUCCUGUCUGGUGUGUCUGGUCUCUUACUGUGAGAAACACCUCCAGCCUCAUUAUAACUCCUCUGCGUUUGAGAAACACAAGCUGGUGGAGCCCUCCAAGAAGCUCCAUGAGAACAUCUGCUCUCGUCAUGAUGAGGUGAUGAAGAUGUUCUGUCGUACUGAUCAGCAGUGUAUCUGUUAUCUCUGCCCUGUGGAUGAACAUAAAGGUCACGACACAGUCUCAGCUGCAGCAGAAAGGACUGAGAGGCAGAAAGAGCUCGAGGGGAGUCGACAAAACAUCCAGCAGAGAAUCCAGGACAGAGAGAAAGAUGUGAAGCUGCUUCAACAGGAGGUGGAGGCCAUCAAUCGCUCUGCUGAUAAAGCAGUGGAGGACAGUAAGAAGAUUUUCACUGAGCUGAUCCGUCUCCUGGAAAAAAGAUGCUCUGAUGUGGAGCAGCAGGUCAGAUUCCAGCAGAAAAGUGAAGUGAGUCGAGUCAAAGAGGUUCAGGAGAAGCUAGAGCAGGAGAUCACUGAGCUCAAGAGGGAAGACGCUGAGAUGAAGAAGCUCUCAGACACAGAGGAUCACACCCAGUUUCUACAAAAUUACUCCUCACCUACAUGUCUCAGUGGACCUAUAUAUUUUCCUGCAAUCAACCCCUUUUGUCUGCAGCACUUUGAUAAAGUGCAAAUUGCUGUUUCAGACACCAGAGAUGAACUACAGAACGUCUUGAAUGAGGAAUGGACAAAAGUCUCACUGGCAGUGACUGAAGUGGAUGGUUUACUGUCACAGGACCCCAAGACCAGAGCUGAUUUCUUACAAUAUUCACAACAAAUCACACUGGAUUCAAACACAGCAAACACGCGUCUGUCAUUAUCUGAAGAGAACCAAAAAGUAACAUUCACGGUAGGACAAUAUUAUCCUAGUCACCCCGACAGAUGUACUGACAGGCCUCAGGUCCUGAGUAGAGAAAGUCUGACUGGACGUUGUUACUGGGAGGUGGAGAAGGGAGAGGGAGGAGUUUCAGUAGUAGUAGCAUACAAAGACAAUAGCACUGUAAAUGAAAUAUUUGGAGAUAAUGACAAGUCUUGGGCAUUAGGUUUUUACAAAAAUCGUUAUGAAUUCAAACACAACAAAGUCCAAACUCCCGUCUCAGGUUAUCCGUCCUCCAGAGUAGGAGUGUACCUGGAUCACAGUGCAGGUCUUCUGUCCUUCUACUGCGUCUCUCAAACCAUGACUCUCCUCCACAGAGUCAAGACAACAUUCACUCAGCCGCUCCACGCUGGUUUAUAUCUUCAUGGUCCCACUGGAAACACUGCUCAGCUGUGUGAGCUUAAGCAGGUGUAGCAGUAUGAGUUGAACUCCUAACUACCUGGUGCUCUGUUGACCAAUCACUGCCUCAGGGCCCCGUAUAAAAACUGCUAGUUUCCCCCUUCCCCCUCUCU